AUGACCAAAAGAGCAGAGUGCUUGCAAGCAUUGUUGAUAUCACAAACCGUCCUGCUGUUGCAUCCUUCUUUUCAAUCAACGAAGAAACGAUUCGGCAAAAUCAAUGGCGUUGCGAAUUUCGCAGGAGUCGCAGGUCACAGACUAGGCCAUGAACAAAUCUGGGAAAUCGAGGAUCAAGAGUACGACUUUAUCAUGGAUGUUAAUGUCCGCGGCGCCUUCAACAUUCUCAGCGAAGCACUCAAACCGGGUCUGCUAGAGGAGCCGGGGAGUAUCGUCCACGCGGCCAGCAUGUUUGCCGAACGUGGAUUCUCCAAGGGCGCCAUCUACAGUGCUAGUAAACACGCAGGGAUUGGCAUGAUCAAGAGCGCUGCAAUCGAGGCGGGCAAACGAGGGAUUCGAGUCAAUGCCAUUUUACCUGGCCCAAUCAAUACCCCCAUGCUUCAAGCCAAAGAAAGUGGCGCUGAAGGUACUGCACCAGAUGUACCACUGGGACGCCUUGGGGAUGCGCCAGAGGUUGCCAACGUCGCCGCUUUUCUCUUGAGCGAUGAGGCUUCAUAUAUCACGGGGGCAACCUGGGCCGUGGAUGGUGGAGCGAACGCUUGA